CCCCUGCCCCUUCGUGCCAAGGCCCAAGACAACUGCUCCAGGCUCCCAGCUCCAGCCCAAUGGACCCCAAGCUCAGGAGGAUGGCGGCCUCUGCCUUCGCCCUGCUGCUGCUGCUGGAGGGAGGCAUGUUCUCAUCGCCCGAGUCGCGCUUGGACCUGCUGGACCAGGUGGCCCGGUACAUUGAGGCGCACCAGGAAGAAUUCGUGCAGACGCUGAGGGACUGGGUGGCCGUGGAGAGUGACUCUGUCCAGCCGGUGCCCCGGCUCCGACAGGAAAUCUGCAGGAUGAUGGACAUGGCAGCAGACAAGCUCCGGCGCCUGGGAGCCAGCGUGGACACUGUGGACAUGGGUACUCAGCAGCUUCCUGAUGGUCAGAGCCUCCCGAUUCCUCCCAUCAUCCUGGCCGAGCUGGGGAAUGACCCCCAGAAGCCCACCGUGUGCUUUUACGGCCACUUGGAUGUCCAGCCCGCUGCCAAGGAGGAUGGGUGGCUGACAGAGCCAUACACACUAACAGAGGUGGACGGGAAACUUUACGGACGCGGAGCUACGGACAACAAAGGCCCUGUUCUGGCUUGGAUCAACGCUGUUAGCGCAUUUGUAGCUCUUGAGCAGGACCUUCCCGUGAACGUGAAGUUCUUCCUCGAAGGCAUGGAGGAAGCCGGCUCCAUUGCGCUCGAGGCCGCCCUGCGAAGGGAGAAGGACCGCUUCUUCUCCAGCGUGGACUACAUUGUCAUCUCUGACAACCUGUGGCUGAGCAGGAGGAAGCCAGCACUCACCUACGGCACCCGGGGCAACAGCUACUUCACCGUGGAGGUCACCUUGUCUCUGCCUGCUUCCAGAUCCUCUCUUUCCUGUCUUUCAGUGUUUGGGACAGAGCCUGAUAUGAUCCGGGAUGGGUCAACCAUCCCAGUUGCCAAAAUGUUUCAGGAUGUCCUCCAAAAGAGUGUGAUGAUGCUUCCCCUGGGGGCCGUUGACGACGGAGAACACUCCCAGAACGAGAAAAUCAACAGGUGGAACUACAUAGAGGGGUCCAAAGUCUUUGCUGCCUUCUUCCUAGAGCUGGCUAAACUGCAUGAGUGAUGAUGGAACCAGUUCUUCCAGCUCUGAGCCAGCCCACCACUGACGCCCCUCCCAGCUGCCUGGAGACACGGAGUCUGUCCCUCAGUAGAUUAGUGCUCUUCCUCAGGCCUCCCGCUCCCACCCUCCACACACACUGAAAGUGUCUGGAGACAGUGGGACCAAUAAUAAAUACUUUUAAAAGUCUGA